UCCCACCCUCUGCUAGUAUCUCCCUAUCUAGCAUCCCCAGCCUGCCACUAGCAGCCACACCAGGAGCAGAGCAUGGCACUGAGGGGGCCACCUCUCCCUCCACCCAGGGGCAUCCUCUGCCUUGCCCAGCUAUCCCUGCUGGUGGUGCUGCUGGUGCAGGGGGGCACAGGCUGGGUGGUCAGGAGUGCACGGGAGCUCCAGGAGGCUAUCAGCGGAGUGGAUGGGCAUGGGGAGCAGCGGAUGAUGGGCACUGAGGGGGCCACCUCCAGCAGGGAGCAUAUCUCACUGGUCAGCACCUCUUUCGUGCUGAAGGGGGACGCAUCCCACAACCAGGCGAUGGUGCACUGGACCGGGGAGAACAGCAGCGUUAUCCUGAUCCUGACUAAAUAUUAUCACGCUGAUAUGGGGAAGGUCCUUGAAAGCUCUCUAUGGAGGUCAUCGGAUUAUGGGACUACGUACACAAAGCUAAACCUGCAGCCGGGGGUAACUACAGUGAUUGACAACUUCUAUAUCUGUCCCACAAACAAGAAAAAGAUUAUUCUCGUCAGCUCCUCAGUCUCUGAACAAUGCCUCUUCACCAGCAGCGACGAAGGGGCGACCUUUCAGAAACAUGUGAUUACCUUCUCCGUAGAGACCCUCAUUUUUCAUCCAAAGGAGGAGGACAAGCUGCUUGCUUACAGCAAAGACUCAAAGCUCUACGUCUCAGUGAAUCUUGGGAAAAGAUGGGAUCUCUUACACGAACAAGUCACCAAGGAACAUAUUUUCUGGUCUGUAGCCGGUGUAGACACAGAUCCAGGACUGGUGCACAUGGAGGUACAAGAUCCGGAUGGAGGUUAUCGUUUUGUGACAUGCCAGAUUCAAAACUGCUCUGACAAAACAUUAGCAUUGCAGUUCAAUGGGAACAUCGAUCGCAAUUCUUUAACUGUACAAGAUGAUUACAUCUUUCUUAAGACAAGUGCAGGAAACCAGAGUAAAUAUUAUGUAUCGUACCGCCGAAAUGACUUUGUGCAAAUGAAGCUUCCAAAAUAUGCGCUUCCAAAGGAUUUACAAAUCAUCAGUACGGAUGAAAACCAGGUUUUUAUUGCGGUCCAAGAAUGGUAUCAAACAGACACGUACAACCUGUACCAGUCAGACCCACAAGGAGUCUAUUAUUCCAUUGUCCUGGAGAAUGUGAGGAGCAGUAAGCAGCCGGAGGAGAACGUCCUGAUAGAUAUUCUAGAGGUGAGAGGCGUUAAAGGCGUUUUUGUGGCCAAUCAAAAAAUUGACGGAAAAGUUACAACACUUAUCACUUACAACAAAGGCCGCGAUUGGGACUAUCUACCUGCGCCAAGUGUGGACAUGACAGGCAAGCCAAUCAACUGUAAAGCGCCUGACUGCCACCUUCACCUCCAUCUCCGCUGGGCAGAUAAUCCUUACGUAUCGGGAACUGUCCACACCAAGGACACUGCCCCCGGCCUGAUUAUGGGAGCUGGUAACCUGGGCUCCCAGCUGGUGGAGUACAAGGAGGAAAUGUAUAUAACAUCCGACUGCGGAAACACAUGGAGACAGGUCUUUGAAGAAGAACAUCAUAUCUUAUAUUUGGACCAUGGAGGAGUUAUUGUGGCCAUCAAGGACACGUCUAUUCCGUUGAAAAUACUCAAAUUCAGCGUAGAUGAAGGCUACACAUGGAGUGUACAUAACUUCACCAGCACACCGGUGUUCGUGGACGGCCUGCUCAGUGAACCUGGAGACGAGACCUUGGUCAUGACAGUGUUUGGACACAUAAGUUACCGGUCAGACUGGGAGCUGGUAAAAGUGGACUUCAGACCUUCCUUCUUUAGAGAGUGCACUGAGGUUGACUAUGACUCUUGGAGCCUAUCUAAUACACAGGGCGGAACAUGCAUUAUGGGUCAGCAGAGAAGCUUUCGCAGGAGGAAGACGUCAUCCUGGUGCGUUAAGGGAAGAAGUUUUACAUCAGUCUUGGCUUCGAAAAUCUGCCAGUGUGAAAGCACAGACUUUGUGUGUGAUUAUGGAUAUGAACGUGAGAUCAACCAAAAACCAACUAGCAGAUGCUUUGCUGAUUUCUGGUUUAACCCGGACUCUCCGCCAGAGGACUGCACCCUGGGGCAGAGCUACACCAGCACCACUGGGUAUAGGAAAGUUGUGUCCAACGUGUGUGAAGGCGGUAUUGAUCUACAGGAAAACCUUAUGCGUUAUCAGUGUCCGCUAAUUGCACCCAAAAGUCUGCGCAUCACUAUCAGAGGAGACUCUAUGGCCGUGAAGCCAGGAGAAGAUAUCACAUUUAUUGUACAACAGGACCAGGGAGAUGUUUUAAACACCAAGUAUCAAGUAAAUCUGGGAGAUGGAUUUAAGGCAAUUUACGUGAAUCUCACGCUAACUGGAGAACCCAUCCGCCAUCGCUAUGAGAACCCCGGAAUUUACAGGGUGUCUGUUAAGGCGGAUAAUGUUGCUGGUCACGAUGAAGCUGUGAUCUACGUGCAGGUCAUCUCUCCGCUCCAGGCCCUGCAUCUUGAAGUGGUGCCAGUUGCUGGUAAAAGCCAAGAAGUGAACCUGUCAGCUAUUAUACAGCCCAGCAAUGUGAACCUGUCAGUCUAUUACUGGUGGAUUGGACAUAACCUGCAGCCAUUUCUUACUUUGGAAAGCUACUUUGUGACCAGGUUUGCGGAGGCCGGUGAGCACAGGGUGACCGUACAGGUCUUGUGCUGGAACUCCAUGUUGCAGGACUCCAAAGUCGUCAGAGUGUUCGAUGAAUUCCAGGUUCUUCCGCUGAUGUUCAGCAAGCAGCUGGACGUCUACAAUCCCAAUAUCCCAGAGUGGAGAGAAGACAUAGGACAGAUAGUAACCCGGCUGCUUGCAAAGGAAACUAAUAUACCCGAGCAAACUCUGGUGACGGUGGUGAAGCCAGGACUGCCGACAACUGCUGACUUGUAUCUACUUCCGCCUAUAAAUCAGCCCAAGAGAAGGAGAAGCAUCCAGACUGACAAGAGGAGAGCUGUGAUAAAGCAGGCUUUGAGCGCACAUAAUAUAACUUUCUUCCUGAGAGGUGGAUUCUGGGUCCUAGUGACACUAAGUGACGCAGAGUCGGAGUCCCGGGUGAUUGGAGGAGCAGGAGGCUAUUGGGCCAUAGUGAUAAUCUUUGCCAUAUGCCUCGUAGCGGUUGGAGCUUUCAUCCUUUAUAAGUUCAAAAGGAAAAUGCCAGGCAGGUUGGUCUAUGCGCAGAUGCACAAUGAGAAGGAGCAGGAGAUGACGAGUCCUGUAAAUCACAAUGAGGACACGCAGAACAUCAUCCAGGGAGAAGAGUUUAUUGACGACGACAUGGACACGCAAACAUUAGGACAUGGGAGAGGUAAUCACUCAGGAGUGGUUUUGAGCAUCAACGCUAGAGAAAUGCACAAUUACCUGGUUAGCUGAUGUUUACACACAGAGACAAACAUUACAGACUCUUCGCUAUCUUGUAAGAUUUCUCCUGGAUAAUCCGCCAGACUGGAAACCGGACUCUAGCAGCAAUCGGAGAAAUUAUUUCGAACCCGUCCUGAAGAUAUAAAUGUCUGCUCUCACGGAUGAACGUUCCAAGCUAAAUGUUUUAAAGACUCGUUUUCAUACAACACAGACGGAUGUUAAGAUUCAUAUUCGAUUGGUAGCAAAUUUGUAACCCGAGACACAUUUUUGUGUUUUAUUCUUACUAUGUGUACACCUUAUUACCUUUUAUCUAGAAGAGAGAUUCUUUGGGGGUUGCUUUUUUUUUUUUUGUCCUUUUCGUUCAAGAUCCAAGUUUAUUUUAGAAUAAUAACAAUUCCAUCAUUUUAAAUUUUUCCGAAUUUUCUGUAUAAAGGCUUUGUGCUCUUGGGAAGACGAGUGAUGUAACAAUACUGUAUUAAUACUUCGGUAAUCUCUCCACAUUGGGAUAAAGUCUGCGCACAAUUUCACUAUAGCACCUGAGAAGAAGAGAUUGCUCUUUCUAAUAGGAAUCCUGCACCAAAAUAGUGAGAUGUUUUAAACAGCUGUAUAGUACUUGUCAAGGAUAACACAGGGCGCUGGGAUUUUAUUUUUUUUGUAUCUUUGGAAAAAGUGAAUAAAAUGAUAAAGUCAA